UAAAUUCUUCUUCAGUAAGUGGCCCCUGACCUUCUCUUUCAUGUUGGGUGGCUAUGGAGGAUCUGCUCCUAUUAUAAGCUUCCUAGGCAGCGCUGCAGCUUGGAUUUAAGAGGAAAUAAGGAAAAAUAAAAGGAGGGCUUUGAAGAGAAAUAUCAGAGUAUUAGCAAAGCACCCAAGAGGAGUUGGAGAGGUGGCCUGACAUUGCUCAGCUGCAACUUCAUGCAAAUAUGGGGUGCCUUCCGUAAGAAGUUAAAGGAAGGACACAACAACAGAACACGAUGUCUUCAGUUUCAGCUUAUUACAAUGGAAAGACUGUCCUCAUCACAGGAGCUACAGGUUUCAUGGGCAAAGUACUGGUGGAAAAGCUACUGCGCUCCAGCCCUGACGUGAAAGCCGUGUAUAUACUUGUAAGGCCAAAGGCUGGACAGUCAAUGCAAGAGAGAGUGGCAAAUAUGUUGAAAUGCAAGGUCUUUGACAGAGUCCGAGAAGAUUGCCCUAAUUUCCACGAGAAGAUUAAGCCUAUUAAUGCUGAACUCACUCAGCCCAAGCUGGCCAUCAGCGCUGAAGAUGAGGGGGAGCUUCUGACCCGGGUCAAUAUUGUCUUCCACUGUGCAGCAACAGUUCGCUUUGAUGAACCACUGAAACACGCCCUGCAGCUGAACGCGAUGGGCACGCAGCGACUUCUAGAGCUGGCCCGGCAGAUGCAGCAGCUCGAGGCAUUCAUCCACAUCUCCACUGCCUAUGCAAACUGUGUACGGAAACGCAUAGAUGAAGUCAUCUACCCGCCCCCCGCUGAACCCAGUGGUUGGAUGAAUCUAUCAUUCAAGACAUCACACCCAAGCUACUUGGGGAGUGGCCCAACACCUAUACCUACACCAAAGCCUUGUCAGAUUCAGCAGGAGAAAGGAAACUUGAACAUUGCUAUCAUCAGGCCAUCCAUCGUGGGAGCUAGCUGGCAUGAGCCUUUCCCAGGUUGGAUUGACAGCUUCAAUGGGACAAGUGGAAUCUUUGUUGCGGCAGGUAAAGGGAUCCUGCGAACUGUCAUUGCCAAUAAUGAAGCGUUGGCAGACAUGAUUCCGGUAGACGUUGUCAUCAACCUCACCCUCGCGGCCGGGUGGUACACUGCGGUGCACAGACCAAAAAACAUGUUGGUGUACAAUUGUACAACAGGUGGAAUCAACCCUUUCUUCUGGGGAGAAAUGGAGCAGUAUGUGAUGUCCACAUUCAAAAGGAACCCGCUUGAGCAGGCCUUCAGAACACCCAACACUCACUUGACAUCAAACUACCUGAUAAACCAGUACUGGAUAACUGUCAGUCAUAAAGCGCCGGCCAUACUCUAUGACUUGUACAUGAGGCUGACAGGAAGAAAGCCUAGAAUGAUGAAGAUUAUCAAUCGACUGCACAAGUCUAUGAUGCUCCUGCAGUAUUUUUCCACCCAGUCCUGGGACUGGUCUUCAGAUAAUAUGAAUAUGUUAAUGAGUCAUCUUAACCCAGAGGACAAAAAGUUAUACAACUUUGAUGUUCGCCAGCUGCAUUGGUCAGAGUACAUUGAAAGCUACUGCCUAGGUGCUAAGAAGUAUUUACUAAAUGAAGACAUGUCUGGGAUUCCAGCAGCAAAGCAGCACUUAAGAAAGCUGAGAAACAUCCGAUAUGCAUUCAACACGACCCUCUUAGUGAUCAUCUGGCGCAUUUUCAUUGCAAGGUCACAGAUGGCUCGAAACAUCUGGUACUUUGUGGUGAGCCUCUGCUAUAAGUUCCUUUCUUACUUCAGGGCAUCCAGCACCCUCAGGCACUGAAGCAGUCCAUCAGCAUCCAGCCUCUUCCAGAAGGACCUCCAUCUCCUCUAAUCCACAGCUGUGGGCAUCUGGGCCUGAAAGUAGCAGAAAAUCCAUUCCCUCCAACAGCAGCCGGCAUUUAUUGCGCACUGUUAUAUGUUCAUCUUUUUAAUUUAACUAAUGCUUUAAUACAUGGUGGUCUUUCUCCCAUAGGACCAGGCUGAUUUUUAAAGCCAUAACUGAACCUUUAGGAGCAGGUCAAGCUGGAAUCUUUCAUCCAGAGUCUGAUGGGCAAGAGUAUGGAUUAACCAAAGUCACUAUCUUCCCAUGCACUGCCUAGGCUAUCUCAAUCCCACUUUCCUCCGUAAGUGAGGCAAAGUUAAGGGCAUAGAAACUUGGAAGAAAGGGAUGCGAUCAGAGAAGAAACAGUUGAGGAGAUUGACCUGUGAGAGGUCUUCCUAAAGAGGCUAUUCCUUCAUUCUCCUUCAGUGAAAUGGUACCUUAUUGAAAAUCAUGAUUUCAUAUUGUCCAUUUUUCAAAACUUAGAGAAAAUACAAAAUCACCUACAUUAGGCCAGUGAACACACUGAAUAAUUUUCAAAUUUGUCUUAUGUUGCUACUGAGGACUGAUACUUUCACACCAUAAUUGAAGAGAUGCAUAGAAUUCAUGUACCUGUGUUAACUGUGCUUGCUCACAAGCUGCUUUAUUAUGGAGAAGCAUUUUUCUCUCUGUGGUUAAGCUUGCAGUUUAUCUUCUAUUAUAAAGCCCCAUUCUUGCAUCUGUCACUUUUGCUUGGAACAUUUUGUUUGGCUUGAAAUAUGCCGUAUUUACUUUGAGAAUGAAGAGAAGACUUCUGAAAAGAUUGAAGAAAAAUUCAGAAGUUUUUUUUAAGGAAUAGGUCCUUUUUCACCUCCCUCCGUUUGUCUGUAGAAAAUUUCUUUCCUAGUAGCUCAGAAGCAGCCUAUUACUGCUCUUCAAGCUUUCAUUAUGGCUAAAUCACGCUGCACUUCCACUGGCCAAGCAAGUACAAAGGAGCGUAUGGAGGGAAUCUGAUCAGGCCAAUUCUGCUACCACAGCUGCCAGUAGGAAUUAAAGAGGUCAAAAUUUGCUUUUAUUGAGGAUAGGAAAGGUUUCAUUGACUUCUGUGUAAAACCAAUUAUGCUCUAUGAAGGUAAAACAUUUUGUCCUUUGUUGCGGUUUAGAAAGGACCUCAAGGAUCCUACUGAAGCCCAGAGCUAUAGAAGAUGUUUGUUAGACCCAGUGACAGAUGUCACUGAUUUUGGAAUUGCAGGUUUUAGAUUUUUUUCUAAGUAUGAACACCUGUGGGGAGACAGAGAAAGAGGACCUUCUUCAAAGUAGCUGGUGCAACGAUGGCCCUACCACAACAGCAACAAGUUUAUCAUGCUAGCAGAUUUUUAAAGUCAAAUCUAACACUGGAAUAUUUUUUAUUUUGAGUAAACUGAAUAAGCACUUUAAGAUUAUAAGACUUCAGUACUACUUUUUGAACCAACUGCAGCAUCCAACUUGUCUAGACUUGUGUCAUUCUAGCUGUCUGAAAAAGUACAUCACAAAAAUUAACACAGCGGUUCUUUUCAGUGCUGAGAAUAGCAGAACAUUUACAAAGCUGGCGUUCUUUAAAAGUUAUACCUGUUUUUGGCAGUGAAGGCAACAAGUUAUGUGACGGUAUAUUUUUGUCUUAGGUUUCCAGCUGAUUCAAAAGUCUUUUUAAAAGAACAAGGAAUUAAUUUCCUCCGCUCUGUUCCCUAGAGGUCUAGUUUCAAGCAAUUGCCAAAGGACGCUUGCAGCAGAACCUGACCAGAAGCACACUGUCCAAAACGGCAUGGCUCUGCCAUUGCCUACAAAGGCCUUAGUGCUUGCCACACGUUUCUUCAGACCUACGUUCAGGUAGAUCAAUCACCUGGUUUACAGAGAUGCAAGUGUUUUUAAGCUCGUCACCUGAAAACAUAUUUUCACUGUACUAGUUGCAAGCCAAGUGUUUUCCAGCUCUAGAAAGGUUUGCAUGCUGUGCAUUGCACAUUAGCAACAUGUCAUUGCCUGUGAAUUCGGGAGCUGUGGGUUUAGUCACCCGGGGCUGGACACUUCAUAUCCAAUGGUUCUUUAGCAGUGUAUAAAGGUCACGAAGGUCAGCUGCGUUAUACUUGAAUGCCUGGCUAACUUGGCAGAGUGAGGCAGGGCUCUGUAAGGAAUCCUCUGCGUUAGAAAGUAUUCACGCAAGUAAAUAAUCAAGUGUCAGCCAGUUUCCAGUCUUUUCUCACAGGAAAUGUCAAAAA